UGCGCAUGAUUCUGAUGUAUUCGAACUUUUUUAAUAGCGAAACGAGGAUUAUAACCUUGACUUUAAUAAUAAGCUUUGAACUGUGAUGUAAACAAUGGGAAUACCAAGUCAGUUGGUACAUAAUACUCACUUAUGUUACGUCUCAUCGUACUCCUCCGAGAACUGACAUGGUUCACGUGCUUUCGAUCAAUUUUAACGAAAUUUUCGAUUGACAAUUGAAUCCGGGCGCUUGAAUAAUUAAAAAUAUCGACAUUCGGUCGCGUAAUUCUUUCGAAUGAUAAACGAUAUUUUUACUUGAGAGUCCCAGGAUGCUUGAGAAAAUUAUGAAAACCUUUUCCAUCAAAUGGAUGAUCAUCUACGGCAUAGUGUCGCCGUUCUUCACGGCGAUUGCCUUUUUGUACAUUCUCGGAGUUGCAAGGUACAUCACCGAUUUUGAGGAGAAUACGUGCGAGAUGACGUACAUGUUCGAGUACCCGCAGUAUGUGAGAAUAUCUUUGGACAGCGAUAUAAAAGAAAAAUAUCCCCGAUUCGGAUUAUAUGCCUAUGGAGAAGGUUAUGUAACGGAAAAACUGAGAAGAAUGCACUUUUCUGGAAUACCGGUGCUUUUCAUACCAGGCAAUGCUGGCUCUCAUGAGCAAGUACGAUCUAUCGCUUCAGUAAGUUUAAGAAAGAGCAUAAGGGACAGGAUUCCCUACCACUUUGAUUUUUUUGCUGUUUCAUUCAACAAAGAUUACUCUGCAUUUUAUGGAGGUGUUCUUAUGGAGCAGACCACGUACGUCUCGCAUUGCAUAAAAGCAAUAUUAGCUUUGUACAAAAACAAAGUGGACAGUGUUGUACUGAUUGGUCAUUCUAUGGGCGGCAUCAUAGCGAAGGGUGCUCUUGUGCUAACGCCGAACGUGAAUGCUUCGUACGCGAGCAUGAUAAUAAACCUGGCUACUCCCAGCACUCCUGCUUUGGUCCUCGACAGGAUCUUCGCGAAUUACUAUCGCGAGCUGGAGAACCGCCUGCACGAGAUCAAGGAUGCGGGAGUGAAAGUGGUGUCUAUCGGCGGUGGGCCGCGCGACAUCCUCGUAACCGCCGCGCAAACGUACGACCGCACGGCAGACAUAAAUGUCCUCUCGACGAGUGUGCCGGCCGUUUGGAAGUCCACGGAUCACUUGAGCAUCCUGUGGUGCAAGCAGCUGGUGUUCCCGAUCGUGCGCUCGCUCUUCGAUUCCGUCGAGUAUUCGAAGAAGCCGCCUAGGAUCACGUCAGAUCCCGAUGUGAAGAUGCAGUCUCUGUCCUAUCACUUUCAGCAGCACAACUCGGGCAAGAGGCUGUACCAUCAUAAGGAAAAAAUUCAGUUCGAAGCCGACAGCGAGUGGGUGAAUAUUACGGAUCAGCAGUACGUCUGGCACAAUAAUAAGAUCGGGUCGAGAAAAUCAUCGGCGAUCUAUCUGGCGAUGGAACUGUCCCGGACUGAGUCGGACUCUGUGACCAUCGAUACGAUAGAUUUGGAAAACAGAGACUGGUUAUUUGUGUGCGCGGCGUCAGAACCAGCGUCGAAAGUGAGGGACCAACGGAUUUGCGAAUGGGGCUGGAAUUUGACAAAUAAAACGAGAAUCUUGCCCGAUCCCCUGUAUCGCUUGAGAAAGAGCAUCGAUCUGAGGCUGAAGGAUAUCGAUUAUCUAAACGUCACGCACGUCGUUGUGAGAAUAGUGGCAGAUGAUUUCGAUAAUCAUCUCGCGGUCAACUUCGACUCGUAUUUUUACAACAGCCGAGUGGUAUCCACGAAAAACCGAUUCCUGCAGCUGAAACAUUUCUUCGGCCUCCGCGAGACCAAUCUGAUCGAGAGCGUCAAGGGCAGCGUAAGGUACUACGUGACGCUUCCCGAUAUCAUGGAUGCGGUCACGGUCCAUCUGAAGGUGCCCACGUGCACGAAUCUCAAGCACUACGCUAUCGUCGAGCUGCUCGAGCCGUGGAACCCGGGAUCGACGCAAUCGAGAUUUUUCACCAACACGGACGACAGCCCGAAGACGAUGAAGAUGCAGACUCUCUACGGACGUCGGAACGAAACGGCGAUUUUAAGGCUGACCCUCGAUCCGACCUGCAUUUACGGAAUCAACAUUCAACCGGCGGGGCCCGUCGACAAGAUCUCCUGCAGGAUACGGGACCGUUGGCCGUUGCUUUACAUCACGAUAAUCAGUUUACUCAUACUGUUCGUCUCUCUGAGAUUACACAGCGGCUCGGACACACUGCCGACAGUAGCUGUUACUAUAAUAUUGUCCUUCGUCUUUCGAGUUACUUAUGAGACCUGCAUAGCUCUGUGUAUCAUUGGCGUGUCUGCCAUUGGCGUUUGCUGCUCCGUCAUAUUUCUCGGUUCCGUUGCGCAUGGAGUAGCGGUCAGAUUUCUCGCACGCGCGAUAACCUUCUCGACAACGUGGUCCGACUGGGUGCUGAACGGCCUGACUCAGUUACCAUUCGUCACAGCCGUCUUCGUGGUGUCCCUGAUUCCAGCAACGUGCGGCGGCUUGGCUAUGCUGAUCUCCGUGUUUCUGUAUUACCUCAGGUUAACGAGGAUGUACGAGGAUUAUCUGGAAGGAAUAUUAUUGACCCCGCUCCAGCAUUUCAAUUGGUUUAAACGUUUGAGGAGCGCAAGGCACGAGGAAGAUGACAGAAGUGCUAGUCAAGAGAUCUAUAAUCACCUGAUCCUGUUCCUCUUGUGGAGUUUCGCUGCAAUCCCGGCGGUCCCAUCUGUUCUUGUUUGGGCGAAAAAUUUCAGCUACGACAUGAGGCUCACCACGGAGGAUCCUGCGCUUCUGACGUGCUGGACAAUACUCUCCGCAUGCGGUAUAUUGGGUAUCGCGCAGAUCUCACCUAUCGAGGAGACCCGCACGAGGGAGGUCGUAUUAAGUUACGCGCUACGGCUCGUAAGCUGGAUCGUCCUCUCGAUGUCGGCAGCCCCGCGCCCGUUUUUCUACCACUGGUACAUGCCGCCCGUCACAACCGCGCUAGUAACGCUUAUCACGCUAAAUACACUCAUACCCUAAGUCUGAUUAAAAUUGUAAAAUGCAAUUUGACAGGAAGGAUAUUCAUACGAUCCAUACGUGAUUGUACACGAUGAUCCGAGUUCCUGAUUACGAUUACACGCGAUAUUACUUGAAUUUGUGAUAUAAUUAGGUGUAAUGUGAGAUAGGUAUAUACUCUAAUGGGAUUAACUAACAUAAUUAGUCGCGAAGAAUCUCAUUAUUAAUUUAUUUAUUAAUAUUAUUUAAUAAUUUAAUGUCACGCAACAUUCGGUUAUGUUAUUCAUUUUUUUAUUUUCGCAUAUUUACAUGGCAGCAGAAUGAGAAUAAGAGAAUAUUUUAUGCGCGUUAUUUUUAAUAUAUCGUGUAUAUAUAUAUAUAAAAGUUGUAUAU